GUUACGGUGGGGCAGCGAGUAGAUGGGAACUCUCGAGAGAUUACGACGUGCUGCAACAGACGCCAUGUCCGGAACUGAAGCCAACGCGGAGGUCGGCACUGCGCCCAAUGAUGCUGCUGCGGGGACAGAAGCCAAUGCUCCCCCAGGGAAAACAGGUUUCAUGGACGAUGCCAAACAAAAAAUAUUGGAUGCUUUACAUAAACUGCCUUUGCCUAUGUGGGCAAUCAUCGCCAUAGGGAUAGUGGCCGUUCUACUUAUUCUGUGUAUCUGUUUCUGCAUAUGUAAGAAAUGUUGCUGUAAAAAGCGGAAAGACAAGAAAGGAAUUAAAGGAGGAGUUGAUCUUAAAAGUGUUGGAUUAUUAGGUGGCUCUUACAAAGAAAAGGUUCAACCUGACCUUGAAGAACUAGAGGUCAACAUGGAGGAUAAUGAGGAUGCUGAAAGUACAAAGUCUGUGGAGAAACUGGGCAAGCUGCAGUUCUCCUUGGACUAUGAGUUCCAGAAAGGAGAGGUGAUAAUUGAUGAAAGUGAAACAAAAUCAGAGCUGACUGUAGGCUGUAUCCAAGCGGCUGAUCUCCCUGGAAUGGACAUGUCCGGCACUUCUGACCCAUAUGUCAAAGUAUACUUACUUCCCGACAAGAAGAAGAAAUUUGAGACAAAAGUGCAUAGAAAGACACUUAAUCCAGUCUUCAAUGAAAAAUUUGUUUUCAAGGUACCAUACGCUUCUAUAGGAGCAAAAACUUUAGUUUUAGCAGUUUACGAUUUUGAUCGAUUCUCAAAACACGACCGUAUUGGUCAAAUCCAUGUUCCCCUCUCGUCAGUUGAUCUGGGGCGAGUCAUAGAAGAAUGGCGAGAUAUAGGCCGGCCAGAAGCUGAAGAAAAGGAGAAUAAACUUGGGGAUAUAUGCUUCUCACUCCGAUACGUGCCGACAGCCGGCAAAUUGACAAUAGUCAUUCUUGAAGCCAAAAACCUGAAGAAAAUGGACGUUGGUGGUCUUUCAGAUCCCUAUGUUAAACUCUCGUUGAUGCUAAAUGGGAAACGUAUUAAGAAGAAGAAAACAACAAUCAAGAAAUGUACAUUGAACCCCUACUAUAAUGAGUCCUUCUCCUUCGAGGUGCCCUUCGAGCAGAUUCAGAAAGUUACGCUGAUCGUGACUGUCGUGGAUUAUGAUCGUAUCGGAACAUCUGAGCCAAUCGGACGUGUUGUCCUUGGUUGCCAGGCAUCGGGUACAGAGUUACGUCAUUGGAGCGAUAUGCUGGCCAAUCCACGUCGUCCAAUCGCUCAGUGGCACACGCUACAGGAAAUGCCCGAGAAAUAAGCACUCAGGGUGCAUUAUGGGAUACUUAAGCAGAUGGACAUAUGGAUAACACACUGUUCUAUCUAUCACUUCUAAGUCAUUACCAUAUAAGGCAUUGAAUAGUCUUAUCACCUUAUUUGGUCAUUUAUUUUACAUGGAGAGGGAGCAUUCAUGAACAUGAAAAUCCAUGAUGACAUCAUUGGGAGAGGCCAUUAUUUGAUUCCCAAAAAAGGUGAAGGCUGAACUUAAGGGAGCGAUAUCACAAAAUCUCUUAGAGUUAUCACAUGAAUUGCGAUAGUGUACCUUACAUCGUAUACGUAGAAAUUAUAAUCACUUUUAGUAUGUUGGAAUUUCUCUAUGCCAAAAAACGAAACUUUACCUCGUUUGUGCAAGCAAAAACAGUCAUGUGUCGGAGACCAAAAAAUGAUGAUGUGUUCAAGGAUGACACACAAGAAAACAAUGGAAAGCAAAGCAACACAGUAAAGCAACACAGUAAAGCAACACAGCAAAGCAACAGAAACUUGUGUGUUGAUUGUAGAAGCAUAAGUGUAUAGUUGAAGAAUUUGUUCUUAAAUGGUUAAUAAUAAUGGUUAAUAAUCAUGUGUCAUAGCCCAUAGACUCAAUGAUUGAUUUGCGUGGUAAUGCCAUCUAUAGGCUGUUGGAUCCACCAGUAGGGGUAUUUAAUAAACUGAACCACCAUUGCAGGGGGGUCUGACAUAAUUCCAGGGGGGUCUUACUUCAUUACAGGGGGGUCUGACAUCAUAACAGGGGGGUCUGACAUCAUUGCAGGGGGUCUGACAGGAAUUCCACCUUUCCUGAUUUAGUGUGAUGUGUACUGUAUACUAUUGCAGACCCCCCUCCCCCCAUUUGAAUUCAGGUUUAGAAUGUGCAAUAGGAAAAACUGGGAGUGUAAUGUAAAUUGUUAAGCAAUUCAUUCUCAGUUAUUUUGACACAUGAACUUUCUGUUGAAUUCGUUUAAUGGCAAUGAUGAUGUGUAUUCAAGUGUUUGUUAAGUUACCAUGGUGAUGAACUUAAAAGUUAUUGUGUUGCCAAGGAGGUCAAUUUCAAGUGUAUUGUUAGGUACCAUGGUGAUAAAGUUUAAAGUGUGUUGUUGUUAGUUGCCAUGGUGAUGCAGUGCUUGUUACCAUGGUGAGAAAGUGCAAUAUCUAUGUAGAGUGUAAGACAAAUUGUAAAUAAAUACCCAAGCUACAGAUGUUUCACUAGAUCUUUGUUGACUAUUAAUUGAAAUGCACAAAAAAACAAAAUAACAAAUGAAUUAUUAAUUAAUUAAUCUAUUUGGAAACUACAUCAGGUGUUAUUUUUAACAAAGAUCUAGUUGAAAAGCUGUAUAUAUAGCCAUGUACAAAAUAAUAUAUAAUGGACAUAAAUUAACAUUGGUGACACCAUAUAUGGUUGUCACAUUUCAAUGG